UUAAUGCUGAAACCUGCCCCUUGUAGGUGUGCACCAGGUAUAGGAGUCCUCUUUAAGACCUUCAGGUAAGGUUAAAUAUUGCGGGAAAUGUGCACGCUAUGUCCUCUCAGACCAUGUGGGACACACCCGCCCUGCCCCGAGGAUCAUGGGAAGGCGGUUUUAGGUCUUUCAGGGAGCAGAUGAGACACAGAUGAUCAUGAGGCGGUUUUUCCGAGCACACCGGGACGAGGACUUCAGUCAGAUCCAGUAUCUGACGGCCAAGUGCACCCGCCUAGCUCAUGACAAAGCGGUGUUGGACAGAGAGUUUCUGGUGUCCCGAGAGAGGGAGAGAAGGCUGCAGAAUGAUCUGGAAGCUGUGACCGCCCAACUCCUCAAGCAAGACCAGCUCAAUAUGGACCUCAGGAUGAACCAGACCCAACUCAUCAGCAGGAUCCAGCAGCAGCAGGACCUGGUGAACUUGCUUCGGCAGCGCGUGGUCCUGCUAGUGGAGGCGAGCUCCCGGGAUGCAGAGCUACUGCGGCAGGUCGGCGCAGAGCUGCUUUGCCUGCAGAGCUCUGAGGUGAAGCUGGAGAGCCUGGUGGAGGAGCUGCAGGCUGAGGCCCAACACAGAACUGAGGUGGCAGAAAAUCUCCAGACAGAGCUGUACGCUGAGGCCCAGCACAGAGCUACACUCACUGAGAGCCUCCACGCAGAGCUGCGCAGUAAGACAGUGGAGCUGGAAAGGCUAGAAGAAACUAACAGGAUGCUGACAGAAGAGCUGACGGAUCUCCGCAGAACUUAUCAGAAGGAGGUGAGGGAACUGCAGCAGGAAAAUGAGGGAAGCCUGAGGAAACUACAGGAGACGGCAGAGCAGUUCGAGUGGCUUUGUCAGCAACAGCGUUACUGGAUGUCUUGUGUGAAGAGGUUCAAAGACUGCCUCAUGGAGGAGAGAGAAGCUCUGCUGCGACAGGUCAGCAGGUUGGAAAAGAAAGCUGAGAAACUAAAGCGUUCACACGACGGCAGUCCAACACGGAGACUUGUCUGCCCCCUUCAGGACGCCGAGGGCUGUGACAGCAGUUUAAUAUCAUGGGAGGCAGACACAGUGACCAACCUGGAGUCUCAGGUGGAGAAGUCAAACAUGCUGUGCGAAGAGCUCCUCGACCAGGCAGGGAGCCCUAUCGACGGAUACCAAAAACCUCCAUGAGGACAGAAGCCUGGAUGUCUUUGCUUUCUUUUCUCACUUUCUGCAAGCCAGGAGAUGCAAUGUUUUAUGUGUUUGUGGUUAGCUUACCUUCCAGUCAUUGUUUUGAAAAACCAAACACCCUUGGAAAAACACACCCGUGAAACCACACACGCAUUGUUUUGUUUCCACUAUUGUUCAUCGUGAUAUAUGACCGAAUUAAAAUACAAUGUGCUCCUGUCCCGCUUUUGGUGUCACACAUG